UCCACCCAAGUUCAGGUUUUCCGGCAGAUGGUACUGAUCUAGCUCUCUUCCCUGACACAAUUUCACAUAUAGACCACUCAAUGAUCGAUUACCCGGAAGUUGGAAUCGACACAACCAGCACGGACUCUGUAGAUACAAAUGGUAAUGGACGUCAUCGGCCAGUGACAGAAACACUAAGAGGAGACGUUCCUGGUGCUGACAUCACCCAUGACAGUACAAGUUCAGCGCAUCAACAUAUUACAGCAGACGCAGUAGACACGGGUGAGGCACAUGGCGUCGUUUCAGUGCUGGACACGACAGCAGGGACUGUCGAUGGGAUCGACCACACUUUUGGCGCGCAGAUAGACAUGGGUGGUCCUUUGGAUAUGGGAGGCGUUGAUGUGAAUGGAGCAGGUGCAGAUGUUGCAGUUGGUGAGGCCGUCACAAAUGCCCAGGCCCCGCUGGAAGCGACAGCAAUGGGUGGUGUACAUGGGUCAAGUCCACCGGACACUGUGGGUCACGGGGGAGUGACAGAUGCUCAAACCAGAUUCACAGAUUCGCUGUCUGAACCUAGACAUGGCUUCACAGAUAUUGUGGAUUCUCACAGUCCUGCAGCACAGACAGAUAUUACAGUUACAGAGCAUCCUCACAGAGCUAUAGACCAUACAGGAAGUAUGGACUCAGUAACAGCAGGUCCUCAAGGAACCGUAGGCGGUUCAAGUCAGCCAGGAGUUACGGAACAGACGCAACCAGCUGUUUCCGCAGUUGAACAGCACAACCCAUCUGGUCAGGGUCUUGAAGGUCCAGAAAAUGUGGAACUGGAGGAUACCUGCUGACUUCCACAUGAAGCCUCGCGUGCGCUUCCUGCGCUACCGAUUCCAGUGCACGGACCAGUCCGACCCGCAACGGACCAAUGACCCACCCCACUAGCACUACUAGUCAGCCUGUGUGUGUAUGUGCGUGCGACUGUGAGGAUUUUUGUUCUUGACUAUUUAAACAUUAACAUUAUGACACUGAUGAUAACUUAAAAAAAACUUUUUACUGUGCGUUAACUAUCCUGGACCUUUUUUUUGUUUUGUUUGCUUUUUUGUGUAUUUGCCUAUGAAGAGAGAUAUUGUGGGCUGUCCUUUGGUUUAAAAAAAAAAAUACUGUGGUUUGAUGUUUGUUUUGUUUUUUGUUUUUUGAUCAUUCCCAGCAACACAAAUUGUACAAAAAGCACAAAAGCAAUGCCCUGUAAUUGUCUUAACAGCACUGUUCCAUUUGAUAGCGUGUUUGUGUCAAAGAUAUUAUUUCAAGUGUCAGAAAAUUGUACAUUAAUGAAUGAAUGUCACAUGGAGAGUAAAUCCUACAUUAAAUGUAACAUCUAUUUUGAACAUCAA